GCCAAGCAAAGCGCCCUUACUCCUUACUCCUUUCAUUUCCAUCCCCUCUCUCUCGCUCGCCAUUCGCAACUCGCUGUUAUCGCUGAAUAAUUCAUCAAAUCCCAAAUCCCAAAUCUCAGCAGCAUGACAGAAGUCACAGAACAACCAUUUCGACCACGGGAGAAGCUUAUUGAGAAGCAAAAAUACUACCAAAACAUCCGCAAACACACAUACCUGAAAGGACCAUUUGAUAAGAUAACCUCAGUUGCCAUUCCAGCUGCUUUGGCUGCCACUUCGCUUUUUCUUAUUGGACGAGGGAUCUAUAAUAUGGCUAAUGGCAUUGGAAAGAAAGAAUGAGGCAGCAAUCUCUAUUUGAUGAUAGAGAUGGACCAAGUGUUUGGCAGCUCAAAUUUCAUAGUUUAGAAGUCCUGGGUUGGACCAAUGAUUUUCUCUAAGUAUUUUAUUUGUACCCUGUAAUAAUGGCUUAGUGGCAGCUUGUUGCUACCAAUGGAAAUUGGAACUUUAUCAUUAUUGGCUUUUUAUCUGUUUGUUUUCACAAUGCAUGAUUAAAUCUCAGGCGUCUUCUUUUUUGAUACAACAUUUUGAUAUGACAUUACAACUUGCCCUUGGGCUU